AUGCCACCGUUUCUCCCCCGCAAGCGAGUCUCCUCUGAGGACCCGCCCCCAGCCAAGCGCCAGGCCCGGCCCGCUAAUGCCCAAGCUCCAGCUCCAACUCCAGCGCCGGCCCCCUUCCACCUGUCCGACUCCGACUCCGAUUCCAACUCAUCCUUGAGCGACGCGCCUGACGGACUUCUGAACAAUGGCAGUACCACCAAGGCAUCUGAGGAAUCUGAGGAAGAUGAAGAGGAGGAUAUUGACUGGGAGGAUGCGAUCGACACGAAGACAAUUAGCGCCACGACGCCAAGUGUCGCAGCUCCAGAGCUACAAGAUCUAGAGUUGACUCUAGAUAAAAACGAGACCCACGUGUCAGAUCUUUUGGAUGGGAAGAAAGGGCCCAGCAAGAUAGAGCGCCAAAUUCGAAUCUCAACUCACUGUAUGCAUGUCCAGUGCUUGCUCUUUCAUAAUGCGAUUCGCAAUUCCUGGAGCAACGAUUCGAAGGUCCAUGAGAUCUUGCGCAAAAGGCUACCGGAUGGACUCCACAAAGAAGUCAAAAAAUGGCGCAUCGCAUCGGGUCUAGAACUCCCAGAGCCAAAACCAGAACCACCAAAGAAGAAGAAGGGCAAAAAAGCCCAGAAGAAUAAAGAUUGGAGUGCUGACUCUGAACGACUGGAACCAGGCCAGCCAGAUAUGAGCCGGGGCGAUCCAAUCAUCACCUUAAUCAAGGUGCUGGUCGCAUACUGGAGGAAGCAGUUUCAUAUCACGGCGCCAGGACUACGAAAGUAUGGAUACCGACCGGUAUCGGCUCUUGAAACUGCAAUCACUGAUUUUCGCGAACAAGAGCAUGAUCCAGAGAAUCAUGGUGAGCGCAUCGCUAACCUUGAUGAAUUUCGUGUGACUGCAGAGCGUAUGCAGGGUUCGCGAGACGUUGGAGCCCAACUUUUCACAGCUCUUAUUCGAGCUCUGGGAAUCGAAGCCAGGCUUGUGGCUAGUCUUCAGCCACUGGGCUUCGGUUGGACUAAAGCAGAGAACUACACAUCUACCAUACCCUCCAAGCCAGAAUUAGAUCGGAGGGAACCCACGAACGAACCAGAGUUGGAAGUAUCCGAGCCUGAGACCGAGGAAGCCGAAGACAAAGCACCGGCGAAAGAAAAGCGCAAACAAUUUGACAAGGAUCUGCCGUUUCCUAUCUAUUGGACUGAGAUUGCCUCGCCUAUCACAAAUGAGAUUAUAUCCGUCGAUCCGCUUGUGCUAUCUAAUCCAGUGGCACCAUUUGGCAAUACAGAUGUGCAAGGAAACUUCGAGCCACGAGGCGCAAAAGCAGACCGAGCCAAACAAGUCAUAUGUUACGUCGUUGCCCACUCGGCAGACGGCACCGCCAAAGAGGUCACGACCCGAUACCUUCGACGACGCACCUGGCCCGGCAAGACCAAGGGCUUCCGAAUGCCACUGGAAAAAGUCCCCGUAGGUCCACGGGGACACUACAUCGCAUUCGACUGGUUCGGGAUGGUAAUGCGCGGCUACCAACGAGCCCCCAAAAGUAAAACAGCAGUCGACGAACUCGAAGAAACCCGGGAUCUAAAACCAAACCAACCAGAGAAAAAGAAAACAACGACAACGACUGACACCCUCCAAAGUCUCCGGACCUCAACCGAGUUCGUCCUGGAACGCUUCCUCCGUCGCGAAGAAGCCCUCCGACCAGGCGCCGAGCCCGUCCGAACCUUCACAGCAGGCAAAGGCGCCCGCGCCAAAGAAGAACCCGUCUUCCGGCGCGCAGACGUACUGAAAUGCCUCUCCGCCGAAAGCUGGCACAAAGAAGGCCGCCAGACAAAACCAGGCGCCGUACCACUCAAGCGGGUGCCCAUCCGCGCCGUAACUCUGAUUCGCAAGCGCGAAGUUGAAGAGUUGCACCGCCAGACUGGCGAGAAACCCUUGCAGGGACUGUACGCGCGGGACCAGACAGAGUUCAUCAUCCCGCCGCCUAUCCAAGACGGGCGCAUCCCGAAAAAUGACUACGGCAACAUCGACUGUUUUGUGCCGAGUAUGAUCCCCGCUGGUGCAGCGCAUGUCCCGUUAUCCGGCACGGUGCGUAUCUGCAAGAAACUUGGAAUCGAUUAUGCGGAGGCAGUGACGGGAUUCGAGUUUGGGUCGAAGAUGGCUGUCCCGGUUAUUCAGGGUGUUGUCAUUGCUGCGGAACAUGAGUCGCUGCUUAGGGAUGCCUGGAGCAUUGAUGCUGCAGAGAAGCGCAAGAAAGAGGAGCUGAAAGCUGAGAAGAGGAUCUUACAGACUUGGCGGAAGUUUCUGUUCGGGUUGCGGAUUAUGGAGCGGGUGAGGGAUGAGUAUGGUGGUGGUGAUCCGGCUGCUGAUCGGGAACGGGAUUCGCAUAAUCCUUUCGCUAUGCAGAAGAAGAAACAAGAUGAAGACGUUGAUCUUGAUGAUGAAGAUGAGGAAAUGCAUGAUCGGGAGGAGUCUUACAAUGUUAUUGAUCAUGGUGGCGGGUUUCUUCUUCCUGGUCAGGAAGAUGAUGUGGAUGAUGGGUUGAUUGUUGAGCAUCAUGAUGAGCAGCAGAGCCACGCAGGGCCAUCUCAUACUCAUGCUGAUGAUGACGAACUAGUGGAAUCUGAAUCUCGGGCUGCAGCAUCUCCGCCCGUGUCUAUCUCCUCGGACUUGGCUGAUGAGCUGGAUGACGGCAAGGAUGAAGAGUCCGAGCCAGAAUACGCACCUCGUCCGACACGACGAACGCGAGGCCGUUGA